GGAUUUUCGUAACGUCGAUUUGAAUUGCGCGACUCCUAGGCGUAUCAAGAAAGGACCAUCACGUUCACUAUAGGGUUAAUACAGCACUCAACGCCCUAUUCCAAUCCUAAUCUCAAUCUCAAUAGCUUCACCUCAAGAUGUCGAACCGACCCAAUUUUAUCGAUUUGAGGGCGAAUUCCUCAACCUCGGUUGCCAGCAGCGCUGUCUCCCGUCCUCUCAGGUCGCCACGGUUACACGUCGCAGGGGAGGUUCCUCCCGCUUUAUCCCCCCUCGAUGCCUUUGCGGCUCAGAGUCGCUUGUUAGCGAAGCAGCUCGAGGAGAGCGCCAAAGCCGGAAGGCGAAUGAGUCGCCUGCCUCCGUUGACAACUGAGAGCCCAUUAGUUGUCCAGGGCCGUUCCGAUUACUUUCGCUCCAUGUCCUACGACUCCUCUGAAGACCAACCAGAAACACCCCAUCAAAACACUGGGCUUGGGUUGACAACAGAAGUGGAAUCGCCGACUGAGCGCCCCGUUUCGAUGCACCCUCGGAUGAGUCGCAUACCACCUACUCCAGACCACUCGGUACCUCUCCCUCCCAAUCCUUUCAUCGAGAACACGCGCGGCCGUCAGCUCGAAAAGCUCGAUGAAAAUAGUGGAUUUUAUGGUGCGCGCAGGGAACAGUCGCCCAGUGACCUGGAGAGCAUAGGUGAUAGAGGGACAGAACACAAGUUAACGGAGCAUGGCCAUGACCGUGAUACUAGGGAAAUUUCGCCUACUCGAAACCGCUUUCCGCCAUCACCAGAGAAGCUAACCAAGGUGUCCUCUCAUGAGUCUGCUGGCCUGGUCCCUCCGAGACCUUUAUUUCCUAAACGAUCUUCAAGUAUAAUGUCGGCACCUCUAGAAGCGAAUAAUGACGAUGUCUUGAGUGCUUCUUUUCACUCGCAGCCAGGGCGAAAGCUUUCUUCGAGCAGUGCCUUCUCAGGGCCGGGCCUCGCAUCUCCUAUUGCUCAUUAUCAAAGAUCGCCGUCAAUCAGUUCUGAGGCUUCUGCCCCAUUACCACGCCCCUCUUUCAACUUCUCUCGCCCACUUAGUCGAUCAGGCACUCCAGGUCUAGAGCCACCAUCCCGGCAGGCAUCGUCCGAUAGUCAACCUUCUUUCGUGCUCGCCGAUGAGACGGCGCACACUCCAGUCAGUAUGCACAGCGAAGCUUUUCUGGAAGAUGAUGGGAGAGGCGCUCCUUCGUAUAUUUACUCGAAGUAUUCAUUACCCAGAGGAAAAUCGUUGCAGCGUAACUCGGCUAUUUUUCGCGACAAUGAACCAUCGGCUUCUUUCGUAUGGGAACAGCCAAUCACUGCUCCAAGCAAUGUCCAAACUUUUCCUAGGGGUGGUCAGGCGCCACCUUCGCCGCCCACUCGGCCUUCGAGCUCUUCAUCGAGAGUCCAGGAAGGCACUCAUGCGGCUGAUUCUCUCCUGGCCCGUCCGUCUAUGGAACGUAGCAAACUUUCUAACGAAAUGUCCUUGGACGGACGACAACCGUCGCCCGACCCAAGCCGCCCAUCAACCUGUGGAAGCAGACCUUCGGAGGACGUUCCUAGGGGGCGAACACUCACAUCGCCCCUUCACGAUCAAGCUCGAGGACGGACGCCGAUGUCUGUGUCCACAAGCGAUUCUGCUAGUACCAUUAGACCACCCAAAUCACAGCAUUCGCACGCCCCCUCGGCCUCUGAAAUAAGCGCAGAGGAGCAUUUGGCUAAAGGCAUCAAGUGCCACGAAGAAGGCUCCGUAAAGGAGUCUACCUACCACCUGCGACUUGCUGCGCGCGCAGGCGAUCCGACAGGGAUGUUAUUAUACGCGCUAGCUUGUCGACACGGGUGGGGCAUGCGGCCGAACCAACGAGAAGGCGUCGAGUGGUUACGGAAAGCCGCUGACGUUGUCAGUGCCGAAAUUGCGGACGAUGAAGACCAUGUCAAAGAGGGGAAAUCGGUGGAUUUCAUGGAUCGCAAAACGCGUAAGGCGCAAUUCGCUUUGAGCAUCUACGAAUUAGGUGUCAGUCACAUGAACGGUUGGGGGAUUGAGCAGGAUAAAGCACUUGCUCUACGGUGUUUCGAGAUUGCAGGAAGUUGGGGGGAUGUUGACGCUUUGGCCGAGGCCGGCUUUUGCUAUGCCAAAGGCGUCGGGUGCAAGAAAGAUCUCAAGAAGAGCGCUAAGUUCUACCGUAUGGCCGAGGCCAAAGGCAUGAGUAUGCCGGGAAAUAGCUGGAUACACAAGGCAAAAUAUACCGACGAUGCUAGUAGCGUAAAGUCGAAGCGUGCCCGAAGCAAGUCGAGGAGUAGAGGGAUAUUCGGGAAAAAGACUUAGUAAGGGGACAGCAAAAAAACAAGAAAAAUUUCAGUCGAAGACGCGUGCUGUACGGUUGGGAUUCAUAUCACUCUAACUUCUUUGGCGUUUGGUUGCAGCAU